UUCUUCAACAAUCAAUUACCAAAAAGAAAAAAACCCUCACUAAAAUGGAUCAAAUAAAGAGCCAAAAGAAGAGUGUGAAGAGAAAGAACAACAACUCUCUCAAAGUGGUGUACAUCUCCAGCCCGAUGAAAGUUAAAACUAGCGCCUCGAAAUUCCGGUCGCUAGUGCAACAACUCACCGGUAAGAAUUCCGACAUAUCGCAGUACAUGGAGGAGAGCAACAAUAUCAACAAUGAAGUAUUUAGAGAUUUCUGCGAAAUUGAUCGGUCUUUGGCGAACGACAACGAUCGAAUGUUCUCGUCGAUUUCUCCGUCGGACGAAACCACAACUAGUUCGGAAUCUCUAUUGGGGCCUUUUGAAGAUGUGUUCACCUCUCAAAUGAAGGAGCAAUUCGAAGGGAUUUUUUCUUCGGAUUCGUUUUACGAUCCUUCUCAGAUAGAUUUGUUAGGAAGUUACGAAGAGUUAAUAUUGUGAUUUUUAAUCCAAAUUGUGCCUUUGUCAAUUUGGUUCUUACAUGUUUGUAUCAUAUUUUGUUUUAUAUAUAUAAGGAGAAUUUUUAGUAUGUACUA